AUGGAUGCAAAGGAGGCCUUUGACGAGCUCCGUGCCCGCUUUGCCGCGCGGCCCUAUUUUCCAGAAGUGGAACCCAAGCUGAUGGAGAUGCGCCGCCGUGUUGAAGCGUCCCUGCCCCGGCAGGGUGGGGCCUACACCUCGGGCACGAAGGAGGAGAGCGAUGCUCAGCGGCGUCCUUCGACGUCGUUGAUGCGAAGACUUCCUCCUCCGAUUGUUCGCCCGGCCGCCGUGGAGGCCCUCCUGCACCACGCGGCUCCUUUACCAGUGUGGAAGGACGCGGAAAAGCAUGAGAAGGGCGGCGUGGCCGACGUGGACAGUGACAUGAGCAACGACCGCACUUGGGAAGAUUACUGGGGCCAGAGGCAUUCGGCGCACCUUCAUGCAUCUGGUGGGAGGGCCUCUCAGGCCGCAAGGAAUAUGUUCAAUUACACCCCAACGGUGUCCUUUCCGUCUGGGGCACGCGUGGAGCAGCCCCCCGACGCUGCGCCGGGGCUGUACAAGAGUGUUUUAUCUGGGAUGCAGUACACGCAUGAGGCCGGUGGUCUGCAAUCGCCGCGACACACGUUGGGAGAGGCUCCGAAUUCGCGGUCACUGCUGAACGGCGGCGGUGAUGGUACGAUGGGAGGGAAUGCGCGUGGCGAGGAAUGGCCCGGCGCACUCCGCCCACCAGUGAACUUGUAUGCCGGAACCAGCGUAGAGCGUGUGAGCCAUGCCGUGCAGAAUAAUGAAUCUGGGAAGGAGACAAAAGGGGAAGCACAGAAGAUAGCAGAGGAAAAAGUGAGUGAGGAAGUGAAACACCGUGAUGUGAGACCAAUUGAUGUGAAAGAGGUGCCAGUUGACACCGUGAGGGAGAAAUCGCGUUCCAGGCUUGCGGAGCUUGACGAUUUGGAGAAAACUCACCACGACGCCGUUGCUGUGGCGUUGAUGAGAACUCCCUUGCAGCUUCAACAGCAGAGGGCGUCGACGCUGGGUACGGAUGGCGCCAGACGCGGCCCAUACCCGCAUGACGCUUCUCAUGGAAGCCAACUCCGUCUGCAGCUGGGACAACGGACAGCAGAAGUCAACGUGGACGUGGACAGGCUACCACGCGCCCACGCGGUGUGGCGCGAGCCUCUGAGUAUGCCGACCUAUGCUAGAGUUAAUGGCAGGGAAAUACAUGUGCCACAAAAUUUGUCUCAAUGGGGUGCAGCAAAUGCGUCUUGUUUUGAGAAACACUCCUCCUCCUCGGCCCUCAAGCCUUCACACAGAAGCAGCCCAGGCCCUUAUGAUGCGGGGGAAAAGUGGUUAAAUGUGUCGUUUCUGUAA